AAAUAAGAAAAAGCAAGCCGAUAAAAUAAUAGAGUAAGAUUUUGAAUAAUUUUUUAAUGAUAUAAUGUUUAAGAAUAGACAUAAGUAAACUGAUAUGACUAAAAAUGUAGAUGAAAGGUGAAAAAAAUGAUUGUGCCAAAUAAAAGAUGAAAUAAGAUUAAGCUAAAGUUGAAGAGAUUCCAGAUUAAGAGAAAAAGCAAGCUAUUUAACCAUCAAAAUAAAUAAAGAAAUUAAAAAAUAAAUGAAAAAAUCUGAUCAUUAUCAAUAAAUCAGAUUGGAUUAAAAGAAAGGAAUUGUGAUAGAAAUAAGCAGUAUAUAUAAAAAAGAGUAGUAAUUAGUUUUAAAAACAAGAAGAUAAAAACUAAUUGCAUAAAUAUUUUAGGAAAAACAUUCUCUUAGGUUAGCUGUAUAAAUGUAUAAAUAGUGAUAAUAGGAAUGAAUUAAAAGAAUAAUUGUAUAUAAAAAAGAGAACAAAAAUAUAAUAAGC